AUGAGCCACACUCGCGGCCUCGUGUCGUCCGCUCAGGCCUUGCGCCAGAUCUUCAUUGUACCAGGCCGCAUCUCUAGACCUGGCAUUCUUCCCAAUACUCUGCGAAAUGGAAUUCAGAUUCGAUCCUUCCAACAGGCACAUCGCCUAUUCCUCCGUGAAUACCGCCCGCCCGUCCAAGGACCACCAAAAAACGAGGCUAUCACCGCAAGAUUCAUUCAACUGGCCAACGAAGAAGGCAACCUAGAUCCCCCGACCAGACUUGAAGAGGUUCUCGAAUCCUUUGAUCACAAUGACUAUUUCCUCAUGCAGGUUCAACCUGCACAAGGUGGCCAACUACCAGUCUGCAAAAUCUUCAACAAAAAAGAGGUGCGGGCAACCGAAAAAGCCAAGGCCAAAGCAUCACGAGCAACCAAGGUUUCCCUGAAGUCCAUCGAGCUGAACUGGGCCAUCGAUGCACAUGAUUUGUCACACCGGCUGAAGCAGCUCACAACCUUCUUGGACAAAGGCCGGAGGGUAGAGGUCAUUUUGACCUCGAAACGGCACAAGCGCAAGGCAACGGUGGAUGAGAUCAAGCAUGUCAUGCAGAGGGUACUCGACACUGUGAGGGAGGCUGGUGCUAUCCAGACCAAGGCGAUGGAGGGCGAACCUGGAAAGCAGGUUACGUUCACCGUGCAGAAGGACAAUUAG